CAUACAAAUUACAAAAUCCUCCGGCGAAAAUUCUCCCGGAAAGAAUCAUCGGAGGGACAAUGCAUUCUCUGAGUUUCAAAGUGGUGGCCGAUUUUAGUGCGGUGAAGAAUCGGCCGGGGUCGACUCGACUCGGUCUAAGACUCGCUGAUGUGGAUAAGAAGCAAUGGUUGAAUUGCAGGGAUAAUAAUUUGAAGAGGUGUAGAGUCGUUGCCUGUACUUCUGAGGGAAGUAAUAGCGGCGCCUCCGAUUCACCGAUUCCGGCGGGUUCGACUCAGAGUCAGAAUCAGAGUUCGUUCCUUUCGAGGAGCCAAACCUAUGCUUUGUUGAAGCAGCAACUGGAAGUUGCCUCCAAAUCUGAGGAUUAUGAAGAGGCUGCAAGGCUUCGUGAUUCUCUGAAAUUAUUUGAGGAUGAAGAGCCUGUUUUGCGGCUUAAGAGACGGUUGAAGGAGGCCAUUGAUGACGAGAGGUUUGAGGAUGCAGCAAGGUAUCGUGAUGAGCUAAAGAAAGUUGCACCACACUCUCUUUUGAAAUGCACCAGUGAUGCAACAACACUGGGAAUCAGGGUUCAAGUUAGAAGUGUAUAUAUAGAAGCACGAAGUCAGCCUUCUAAAGGCCUAUAUCUUUUUGCUUAUAGAAUUAGAAUUACCAACAAUUCAGAUCGUAUUGUUCAACUUCUCAGAAGGCACUGGAUCAUCACUGAUGCAAAUGGGAAAACUGAGAAUGUUUGGGGAGUUGGAGUCAUUGGUGAACAACCAGUUAUACUCCCUAAUACUGGUUUUGAAUACUCAUCUGCAUGUCCAUUAGGCACCUCGAGUGGAAGAAUGGAGGGUGACUAUGAGAUGAAGCAUAUUGAUAGGGUAGGCUCUCGAACAUUCAAUGUGGCUAUUGCCCCCUUUUCCCUCUCCACAUUUGGAGAUGGCACGGACAAUCUUUCAGAUCAGGAACUGUGGAAAUUGUGAAGAUGAAGUGGAAGUUGUAUCCUUGGUAUGUACAAUAUCUAUUACAUGUAUAGGUGACAGCUAAUGGUAUUUAGUAAAUAUGCUAUCAUAUUCAUAUUUUUGUUGGAACAUAUUUGUUUAAUAGCUUUAGAUGGUUUGGGCAGGAGCCAUUUUUCUGUUUGUCACAAUAUAUAGUAAGCAAUCCAUUCGAGACGUUUUGUAAACUAGAAAUAUAUCAAGUGUGUUUUUGGAAGGUUCUUCAGUCUUA